AUGCCUUUCGUCCACGAUCAUAUACAGAGAGUUGAUAAAAACCAUGCAACUGGAAUAAAUUUUAGUUUCAACGACCGAGAAGCUCAUGGUAGAAUAUUCCGAUUCCCUAACUGGACAGAACCUCACUACAAACAUGUUAGAGGGUCUGCAGGAGUAUCCACAGUGGUCACAUUCUCUUCCUUAGAAUAUUUAGUAGAUGACUAUUUUAUAUCGGUUGUUUGCGAAGAUGUGGAAGCAUUUGUGAUACAUCAACUGAAGAAUUUGACUCACUUUUCAUUGAAUACUUUGGAAACCGAUGGAGAUAAGAAAAUGUUAGAAACAAUCAUCAACAGAAUGUGUCGAUGUUUGGAGAACUCUUUGCAAUCGAGGACACAGAAGUUAAAAGUGGAACAGUUAUCUCUGUCAGUUCUCGAAAUAAAUCAAGCUGUAUCAGCAGUCAACCUACUCGACCGUGAGAUUCUACGGUCGGUUAUUCUUCACUUACCGUUCGAAGAUCAGGUAUUCACAGCUGAUGACUUCAUACCUCUAAUAGAAGGGCAGGGACGACAGAGGUUGGAUCUGAGAAUCAAGUUACAUAAGUUCUCAGUGGAAGUGUUGGAGGAAGUGAGAAAGCUGCUGACCUCCACAUCCAAACAACUCAACUCAAUCACUAUCAAUUAUAAAACCAUAAAAUGCAUUGAGUUAAUUGUCGAAGCAGAGCACUCUUCAGAUAGAAAUACUGUCAAGUUUUCUAUUGAUCACGCUGAUGAUCCAAUCGAAGAAAUGACAAUGCUCAAUCUAUCAGACAAUAAAUGCCACUUGAAUAUCCUUGAAGUCCCAUCAAUAAUGCAGUCAAUCUCAUCACAUUUAGAAUGUCCAGAAAUAGAAUCACUUCGAAAGGUGUCUAGAGGUAUCCGUCAGUGUGUUGACUAUAUUAAACCAGAUCCGCAUAUCCUUGUUUAUUUCAUGCUACUCAAGAAUUCCUCGAGUGUUGUUAUUGAAAUGAUGAAUGGAAAAAUUGAGGCACACUACAAGGGAUCUCUGGAACAGGAAGCGGUUCGAAUUGUGAAUGAUUUCGAUUUGAAUACAAGACAUCAAAAAAGUCGCAUGAAUUGGCUAUAUAUUGGAAUGGAUGAAGAAAUCUGGAAAUUAAAAGAAAAAGACGAUUCGGUUCGGACAAAGGUUUUCAAAUUGCUAAGAGAUGUCCUGGCCUCCAGGACAUCCCCAUUAAAAGCUAAGACUUUGACAACCGUCAUCACAAUGUCUGCUGAGAUCCUCACAAUGCUCCAAACUAUCAACGCGAGAAGUCACUCCAUCGUGUGUAUCCUAAUGUCUUCCCAAUAUCGAGACGCGGCGAAAGUGAAAUGUGGACCUAAGCGAAUGAGGUCUGCGAGUGUUUCUGGAUAA